AUGUCGGACUAUGGUGAUGAGGGCGGCUACGGCCGAGACGAGCCUGACGAUACCUUCUAUGAACCUGAGGACAAUGUCGACGACGAACUGCCGCCGGAUGCCGAAGUCGAUGAAGAAGCCAUCGAGGCGCGGGCUAGAGAGGAAGAGGGCGACGAGAGGACUGUCGUGUCGGCCGAUCCAAAUCAGAAUGUCCAAAAGCCUUCAAGCGAUGCCGACAAGAAAAUUCCUGACGACAAGAGAACUACUACGCCUUACAUGACCAAAUAUGAGCGCGCAAGAGUGCUUGGUACUCGGGCGCUGCAAAUCAGUAUGAAUGCGCCGGUUCUCGUUGACUUGGAAGGCGAGACGGAUCCACUGCAAAUUGCUAUCAAGGAACUGAACCAGAAAAAGAUUCCUCUGAUUGUCCGCCGUUAUUUACCUGAUGGAUGGUAUGAGGAUUGGACGUGCGAAGAACUGUUGUGA